UAUAUCUACACGCAGUUCGGCUACGGGAAACGGACAAACUCCGUAAUAGCAGCUGUGUCAGUGCUAUUAGUGACGUCGCGUGCGACGUAGGUAGGAAUCGCCGGAGGAGCGGAUUACGGACGCGUGAACAGGGAAGAAAAAAUGCAGCAGGAGAGUAGGCGCGAGUAGGAGAGACGUGUCAACUUCCUGUCGAACUCUCUUUCUCGCGGACUCUCCUUUCGCCGAGGGCAUGUAAAGCCACCCCCGUUCAAGUGCGCGAGUGUGAGUCACGUUUGAUUGGAAGAUUACGAGAUGCGACCGUGUCUGCCGAGGAUGGAGGAGACUCUGUGCGCCGCGACGAGCGGCCGUUUCUGACCGACCGGCGUCUAGGAUAAAUUUAAUUCACGCCGAGCCGCUGAAUUUGGGUUGAUAUCGAGUGCUGAUUGAGAUGCACUCCAUGUAUUCAUCGAAGAAAGGCGACCCUCUUUGCCCCUUGGGUUUUCACCCGCAAGUUCGGUGGCCGACACGUUGCAAACGCUGCUUCAGGGACUACAAAGAGCAUGGCGGCAGGAGAAACAGCCUCGGAGACAUCACGGCCUCGUCUCCUAGUCUCUCGUCGGACUCGACGCGUGGCUCCGAGAGCAAAAGGACGUGGUCUUCUGCUACGAACUUGGCGAAAGAUGAAACCAAGAAUAAUUAUUCACAGCCGGCAGCAACGGCUGGUUGGACAUCCUUGAUGGAUCUCUCUACCAUAGAUAAGGAUUCAGACGAUAGUCACAAAUUAGAAGAUAUCAGGAGACCGGCGAAGCUCCAGAUAAAGAACGUGAUAAGCAACAGCAAUGGGGGCACAUCGGGCAACGACGUGGAAUUUAUAAUUCAGGUAAGGAAAUCACGGCCGGCACCGCCGAAACAGGUGGUCCACGACGGACUGGAUAAUGUGACGGUAAAAGGACAGGAAACUGAGGAGAACGAGAUACAGAAAUUGCAGUCUCAGUUGAACGAUAUGAAAGCGAGAUGCGAGAAGGCGGAGAAAGAAAAGAGCGAAAUACUGAUGCGUCGUCUGACGACUAUGGAAACGAUGUCGAAUAAAACGUCAUCGAGCGAGGUGGCGAAGCUGCAGAAGAAGAACGAAGCGCUUGUGCAAGAGAAGAAUGUGCUGUUGGCGAAGAUAAAGGGUCUGGAAAAAGAAGCGAAUAUUAAACCGUACAGAGGCGAAAGGGACAAAGCGCACGAUGAAUUGCGGUCGAAGCUGAAGGCCGCGGAAAAUCUCUGCGAGAGCUUGAUGGACGAGAACGAGGACAUGAAGAAGGAGAUCAGACAACUAGAAGAGGAGAUCUAUGAGCUGCAGGAUAAUUUCAGGGACGAACAAGCGGACGAGUAUACGCGUUUGCGAAAAAGUUUGGAGCAAUCUAACAAAAACUGCCGGAUAUUGUCGUUCAAACUGAGAAAAUUAGAGCGCAAAUCUGAAGAAUUGGAAGGCGAGCGGUCCGCUCUAGAAAAGAAGUACGAGGAGGUGAAGAAAACGGAAGAAAUUCUGCAGAAAGUGAGCAGUGCAUUCCAGAACAGAACGCAGAAGAAGCCAACGGAGCUCAUGACCAAAGUGCAACUUAAAAAGAUGGUCGACGAAGUGGAGAAAGAAAUAGAGGACAUGCUCGGUGUCUUUACUAAUAUAAAAAAUGGACAUAACGUGGACAUACCAGAUGUGAUGAAGGAAAAUAACUUGAAAUAUGAUAUGCUCCUGAAAGAACACGAGCUGCUUAAAGAAAAAUUCGAGACUGCUGUAAAGGAAUUGUCUAAUGAGAAAGAAAAGAAGAAAGCACAAUCAAAUGUAAAGAGGGAAGAUACAAAAAGCGUGGAUUUGCAAAAUAUGAAAGGAAAGCUAGAGGAAGCACUUACUUUACGGGAAAGCGAGAGGAAAGCAUGGGAGAAAGAAAAACUGGCGCUUUCAGACGAGAAGGAUAAAUUGAAAUCUAAACUUCUUUCGCUAUCUGCCGAAAAAUUGAGAGUUUACAAUGAGGUUGUACAACUAAAGAAAGAUCUCGAAACAAAUAAGACAUCGGAAAAAGAUAAAAUGGAAGCAACAAUAAAAGAAUUAAAGGAAAAGCUAUCUCAAGAAGAAGAAAAAUGUAAGAAGAUGCAGGGUGAUUUAUCAGCAUAUACCGAGAGAGAAUCGAAACUCUCGCAAUCAAUUACAUCUGUAGAACAAACCAAAGCCAAGCUCGAUGCUGAGGUGAAACGUUUAAAGAAGGAAUUGGAAAAUACGAAAUCCUCUACAUCAACAAAGAUCACGGAUCUAACUACCGAGCUUAUGAAGUUUAAGCAAGAAAGUGAAAAAUUAACAACACAAUUCGACAAUGAAAAAGAAGCAAUAGAAGCUGAAAUAGUGGCUCUCAAUAAGAAGAUAUCUACCUUGGAAAAGUCAGGACAGAAUACAAAGCGCAUGAAUGAGAUGAAACAGAUGUACAAUGAAAAAAUUUUGAAUCUUGAGAAUGAGAUGAAGAAACACGAACAAGAACAACAGACUUUACAAGAAAAGUAUCAAGAGCUUAGCAGCUCAAAGCUACAACUUGAAAGGGAAAAUGUAUUUCUGAAUAGUGAGUGUGCAAAGCAUAAAGAGGAUUUAAGUAAUAUUCAAGCGGAGCUCGAAGAACUGCGUAAAUCGAUGAGAAUGAAAGAGAGCGAAUGGCGAUCAGAAAAAAAUUCUCUUGAGAGCCAGAUUCGCGAGAAUCAAUCACCAAAUAAACUUAUUAUAACUGAACUGAACAAUGAAAUCAAUGCAUUAAAGAAGGAGAAUUCUACUCUACUGGAACGAUUGGAAGAUAUGAGGAAAAUAAAUGACGAUCUGUCUGCAAAACUGAAAGACUACGAAGCGGUUUCUAAAAUUCAUCAAGUGUUGAUACCCGACACGACAGCGCUGGAAUCAGAAAUUCGGAAAUUAAAGAACGCCUUGACGAAUACGGAAAAGGCCAAAAAGGCAGACUUGGCACAAUGUAAAAUGCGCUACGAACACAGAAUCACGGCAAUCAACGACGAAAUUCAAGCGAUUCAGAACCAGUUGUCACGUUACAAAAAAGAACGUGACACUUACAAGCAUAUGUUGGAGGGUGCACAAAAAACGAUAGGCGAACUAAAAUCUGCAAGACAAGGCAGACUAUCCAGUGCAUCUUCUGGGAAGUCGGACGAGGAUGAAGAAUCGUCGAGUACCAAUAUAUUAAUAUUAGAAAAACAGAUCAGUUCUAUGGAAGAUGAGCUUUCCGAAACAAGGCUCGAAGCUUCCAGACUGAAAGCCGAAUUGGUUUCGGAAAAGUCAGCUAGUCACGUUAAGGUGUCCGAGUUGCAAUCACGAAUCAAUGAGCUGGAGGAAGAACGAUUGCUCACCAGUGGUCGUUCGAAAAUUCCAGGAUUAAAAGUGCGAAUGGAAUUAGCUUGGCAAAAAGAGAGAGAAGAACAUCAAAGAUUGCUACAGGAAACGGCAACGUUAGCGAGGGAUUUACGGCAAACAUUAUUCGAGAUAGAAAGAGAGCGUAGCAAAGAACGGCUGGAAAAUAAAAGAAGACAGGAUCAGUUGAAGAAGGUAUUCGAUGAAGAGAAAGAUGAAAAUAAGAAGAAAUUAACGGAGUUGCAAUGUGAUUUACUUGAGCUGAGAGACGCGCAUGCGAAAUUAAGAACAAGCAACGAGAAGAUGAGACGCGAAAAGGAGCGACAUGAGAAAGAGAGGCAGGAACUUAAAGACGUGAUAUUGAACAAAUGCAAACUAGAGCAGACCGAGCUGCGAAACAUCAACAUUCUUAUGCAACAAGUUCAGGAUCUGUUGCAGCUUUUCCCUGAAUUGAAUACUGUAGCGGAGAACGGAACGCCCGAUGCUUAUACGCCAACCCCACCGAGACGAUUGAGGGGACCAAAGUCAAGAGAGUCGUCGCCAAUGUUGGAAAUGUUGGAACCAAAAAGCGAUGUAAAAGUUACUCCGAUACUCGGAGAAAGAACAGAAAAAUUAGAAUAUACUAUUAAAAAAUUAAUGGACGUUGCAAAGGAACUUAAGGAGUCAAAGAAAGCAGCGGACGAAGCGAAUGCAACACGAUUGAAGAAGCUAGGAAAAAGAUCGACGUCAGUUGAGAGUGACCCAGGAAAAGGAGUACUUUUGAAUCGCAAUAAACCGCGUUUGAAGAGGAAGAGUCUGUCCUUGGAACAAACCUCUGGGCGCCAAGAGUCUCCAGCUAUUUGGGGUACGGACAGCAACAUGUCGAGCAUGCAGUCGUUGGAAGGAUCGGAAACAGGGUCUCACGUAGUCAAUCGACAAAGGGAUUCCAGCGUAGACAGCCGACUUUCCGGAGGGUCGACAAAGAGCGAGAUGUUGGAACGCGAUAAGAAGUACGGGAAGGGAAUAAUACGGAAAUUAACGCACAAAUUGACGAAAUCGUCAAGUGUUGAUGACCCAAACAUGACUGACUAUUCCCUUCAGACGUCCGGUUCUGAGACCAGCAUCAACGAAACUGUCAAAUUGGAGAAGAAAAAUCUAAAGAAGAAAUUAACGGCCAUGUUCAAGAGAGGUUCGAGAAGCAACAGCGUAGAUAAAAACACUGGAUCCGGAAAUUCCAGCAGGCCUGCUUCGAGGAACUCCAUGACAUCGAGCUAAAACAAUCCCGUAUCACUUACGUAAUUUCCCUCAAGGACUUGCGUAAUUUCCCUCGAGGACUGGACACACCUCAACUGAAGACCUCACGGCUACUAUUUUCCAAGAUUGUAGCAUUGCAUUCGACGACGUUGCGACGAAGAGGCAGACUCAAAUUCGUAUUUAGACACUACUACGACACACCAAUUUCAAUUUUCACGAAGAGUAUAGAAGCGAUACGUACAUGUGCGUGUGUGUUCUUGUAUAUCGAUAGCGCGUAAUCGAGUAAUCCUUAAAACAGAGUAUCUGCGGCGCCAUAAUGUCCAAUAGGAAGUAGAUCUCGUGUUGAUGUAUUCGCUUUGCGUUAUUUUUUACGCGGGUGUGAGUCUUAACGCGAUGGUUUUCUCGCCGCGGGGAUCCGCGCGCCAAUGCCCGAACCGAAAACGACUCGUGUAUGAUGAUCAUGAUGAUCGUGUGUGAAUGUGUGCAGACUACAAUGUGCAAUACUCACAAUAUUUUGGAAAAUAUAAUAUCGAAGUUGCACGGAC